AUGGCUGAAACAAAAAACACUCAUUACAUUGUUGAAAUCCCAGUAGACCAAGAACAUCGUGAAACCAACAACAAGGCUUUGUUGUGUUCCAACAUGUUUGAUGCUAUUGAUGAUCAUCCAUUAACCGAAAUCUCUGAAUCUCCUGGUCACCUCUUACUCUUAAAGCUAUGGCAAAGAGAAGAAAACCUCUUCGCCAAACGCAUAUUAAGAAAAGAAACUAGAAUGGAUUCGAUAAAAUCUGAACUCUUUCAACUCUCUUCGUUUUUCUUCAUCUUCCAUGGCUUUUUCUUAACACUUUUGUUUACUUCAUGGGCCAAAACCCAACAGAAGGGUGGUAGUAGUUGUAGGAUUUGGUGGAUACCUUCUAUGAUUUCUCUUUGCACUUCGCUUGUGUUUGUGUUUUUGGUUCAGGUGAAGCUGUAUAGGUAUUGGAAAGUGUGGGAACAGUUACAGAGGGAGAGGAAUGAUAGUAGAGGUGUUGGGAGGUGUAUUCAGGAGUUGAGGAUGAAAGGUGCUAGCUUUGAUUUGUCGAAGGAGUUGGGUUUGAAUGGGAAGAGGAUGAAGAGUUCGAGUGUUGAGAUUAAAUGGAAGGUGGUUACUUGGUUUUCUCGGUAUUUGAUUACUGUUUGUCUUGUUUGUUUUACAGGUUCGGCUUUUCCUGCUUCCAAGUUUGUUUUGUGUGGCUUGUGA